GUUUAUGUAGUAUGUGUUAUGUGCGUGAUGUUGAAAAAUGUCAACCGGUUUUCGAAUUUUGCUCGCGAAAUAAAACGGGAAAAAAUUAUGAUUAGAGUCGCGCGACUAGCAAUACGAUAGCGAAUUUUAUGAGACGCCACGCGAAGGAAUAGAUUCGUCGGAAAUUAUUGUCGGGAUUCGCGCGCCCCGGGAAUCUAGGUUACAUUCGUCGCGAAUCUCUUCUUGCAUUUUUUUUUAUUUAAACUUUUUUUUUAAUGGAAGAAACGACGUCCGAUUCACCGAAAUCCAGUUCAGAUGAGAACAAUCGUAUCAAUGAGCCAGACAUCGAGACAUCCUGCAAGGAUAACAAUGACACGGAGCAUCAUAAUGGGGAGCGUACACCGCAACAAUCCGAGAGAUACAUCGACAAUUCUAUUUUCAAUACCAUUUCCAAAAUUGUUAAUCCCACUACAAAGGUACCAGAUGUACAGGAUUUUAAGAUAGUGAAGCCAAUAAGCAGAGGAGCAUUUGGUAAAGUGUUUUUAGGAUACAAAAAAUCUAAUUCUGAGCAAGUAUAUGCGAUUAAAGUGAUGAAAAAGAAUGAGAUGAUAAAUAAGAAUAUGGCAUCGCAAGUAGUGAUCGAACGCAAUGCACUUGCUGUGAUUCAUAGUCCAUAUUGCGUGCAACUCUUUUAUUCACUGCAAUCUGUCAGCAGUGUCUAUCUAGUCAUGGAAUAUAUGGUGGGCGGUGAUCUCAAGAGCCUGAUCGGCGUUUAUGGCUUCUUUGAGGAACCCAUGGCGGCAUUUUAUAUCGCAGAGGUAUGCCUAGCAUUGGAGUAUCUUCAUUCACAUGGCAUUGUACAUAGGGAUCUAAAGCCAGAUAAUAUGCUUCUGUCGCGUGAAGGACACGUGAAACUUACAGAUUUUGGACUCAGUAAGAUAUCAUCCUUGCAUAGGGAUCUCGAAAUAUCAGAUUUAGUAAAUCCGACGACUCCCAGUUUAUGCACUAGAACACCCGGCCAGUUACUCUCGUUGACGUCCCAUUUAUCCUUCGGUUCCGGUCAAAAGUCUACGAGCGAAUCGAAUCUCAGUGACAGAAGCACACCAGCCAUGAAUUUACUCUCUACAUUGCAAAAAAACUGCACUAAAUUUGGAGGACAUCUGUCACCAAAUUCAGUUAUUUCUUCUGUUGCAUCCGGAGAUUAUUCUCGAAUAUCUGGUGUCACACCUUUUCAAUCGGCGGAAGAUCUGCAUUUUGAACAAAGUACUGAAGAACACAGUAAUGUGGAAGAAAAUGAAGCCACGAUUAAAAGGCACGAAGACGGUCCGGAUAGUUCUAGUAGCUAUUAUACUUGCGAAGCGUCAUCCUCGGCCCCACUAGGCAAUCAAAAUAUAGUGGAGGAGGAAGAAGAGGACGACGAAUCUACACUAGAGGCGGAAAAAUCUCAACAGCGAUCUCCUGUACAUACCACCAGUCCAGUAAGCACUUGUAUGAAUUCAUUCAGGAAUCGAGUUCGGGGGUCGAAGAGAAAGCGGGGCGAUGCAUGUGCAACGACUGGCUUAACAUGCGAGAUCGACUCGAUGGAUCUGGACGUCGACAAAACACCCAAGAGAAAUAAUCGCGAUCCCUUAUUUUCUUGUGCAAGUCCUAUGAUCGAUGAUACCUCGGUAUAUAAUAAAACAGUGGACAUUACUGUCGGCUUGACAAAUAACGAUGGGAGUAGGACACCGAAUCAGAAUAUUGAGCAGGAAAGCGGAUCUACGGGUAGAGUAGCUUUUAGUACACCAGUAUCCUCUGCUAGACGAAGAAAUUGCGAUGAAAAACCACAAAAGCCACAAGAAGAGGAGGAGGAUGCAAGGGCUUUAAUAAAGACGAGAUUUCGCUUGCCGCCAUCCACUUCGCAUUCCGUGCCCGAUCUACAUACGGAUCUGAACAAUACAUCCGAAAAUCAUAGUGAGCCCCAGGGUAUCUCGCCCAUCAAGACACCUGCGACUUCGGGUAAUUGUUACACGCCUUACAGAACGCCCAAGUCUGUGCGAAGAGGCGGUCAAGCUGGCACUAACAGAUCAGACGAUCGCAUACUCGGUACGCCUGAUUAUCUCGCUCCGGAAUUGCUGCUCAGACAGGGUCACGGACCGGCUGUUGACUGGUGGGCGUUAGGUGUAUGCUUGUAUGAGUUUUGCACGGGUCUGCCACCAUUCAAUGAUGAAACACCGCAAGCAGUAUUCGCAAACAUUCUUGCGCGCGAUGUUCCAUGGCCAGAGGAUGAAGAGGCAUUAUCAUCAGCAGCAACUAAUGCUAUCGAUGCACUUCUCACUUUGGAACAAACGGCACGACCCUCGGCAAAGGAAGUACGCGCCAUGACUCUCUUUCACGAAUUUCCCUGGGACGAACCGUCAAAAGCGAUACCACCGUUCAUCCCGCGGCCAGACGAUAAAUAUGAUACGUGCUAUUUUCAAGCGCGGAAUACUCUGCAACAAUUGAAUAUUAGUAAUUGCGAUACGUAGCCUUCUACAUAUUGUAUGCAGACAUGGCAGGAACGGAAGCCUAUAAUGUAUCGAAACUGUUAUUAUGUAUAACUAUAUUUUUUAUAUAUUUGUAUGUAUA